AUGUCUUCAAAUAUUAGCAACUCUAAGGAAAGCAAACGCACAGCAAGGACGGAUGACCUGGCUCCGCCGCCAAUGCCAGUCAUUCCAGAUAACCUGGCUCCACCCCCUAUGCCUGUUAUUCCAGCUAACCUGGCUCCUCCCCCUAUGCCAGUCAUUUCAUCUAACCUGGCUCCGCCCCCUAUGCCAGUCAUCCGGAAAGACCUGGCUCCGCCGCCAAUGCCAGUAAUUCCAGCUAACCUGGCUCCACCCCCUAUGCCUGUUAUUCCAGCUAACCUGGCUCCGCCCCCUAUGCCAGUCAUCCGGAAAGACCUGGCUCCGCCGCCAAUGCCAGUAAUUCCAGCUAGCCUGGCUCCACCCCCUAUGCCAGUCAUUCCACCUACCCUGGAUCCUCCCCCUAUGCCUGUUAUUCCAGAUACCCUGGAUCCUCCACCUAUGCCUGUCAUCCGGGAUGAUGCGGCUCCGCCGUUGAUGGCAGCACAUGUUUCAUACACGUCUGUCGUCGACAAAAUCAUUAUGGACUCUCGUCCAGCUAUUUCCUCUGAGAGGAAGCAAGGUUUGAUCCCAUGGGCGGCUACCCCGAAUUAUACCGAGCAGCAGCUACGGGCAACAUACGACCAAAUAAUUGACAGUUCCGUCGGCGACAGUAGUUAUGACGGAAAGGUUACAACGUUCAAGAACCUCCGGCUGCAUCAGCUGCAGUCAGAGAUUCUGACUUAUAAUGCGCUGGAGGAAAUUGACGCUGGGCUGGCAGGGAUUGAAUCGAGUUUGGAAAAGCAUUUGUAUACCGGUAGAGAUGAAUAA